CCAGGCGGCGUGCGAGUGGGCUCGCAGAAUUGAAAGAAGCCGCAGAAAAAUGACAUGCAAGAGCCGGUUGAUAGUGACGGAGUUGGACGAGUUCCUCCGGAAACCCCCGAGCGGCGUCUCGGUGGCGACCAAGCGAGUCCGUGUGGACCCUGAAACGAGCCUGCUUCUGGUCGACCCCCGUGACGCCGUGGCGGCCAGCGUGGACUUCCAGGGCUCGCUGGGAAGAAACAUUACAUUGACCAACUUGUGGGAGUACAGCAGCUUCAGGAAGAAACUUGUGUCCAGAACCAUUUACCUGCUGAUGUCCACUCACCUGCCCACUUCCACAGAUGUGGUGAAGCGCUACGUGGUGUCCGUGGACGGCGCCAACCCGCUGGUCAGGCGGAGGCUGGAGCAAGGUCUGGACUGGGCCAUCUCGUCCGUGGCGGGUGAGAGCUACCAGGUGGAGAUGGACCUGAGCGAGACCUUGGACACGUGGGCGGCCAGCAACCUGCCCAAAGAUGACAGGACGGGUGGCAGACUUCGGUGGGCCGGCGCCUCCUUCACCUUGAAGUACCACUCCGACGCUCUCUUCGACUUCCCGCACUGGUUGGGACUCAGCAAGAGGAAGUUCGAGCUGACACUGACCUGAAGGGGAUGCAGUCGGGUUUUUUUUUUU